CUCUAUCGCACUCAGCAGAACAGAAACGAGUGAAUAUACCCAGUUCAUCUUCAGGUCUGGAUCGAGCGGUACCGUUAGUUUUAGUCAGGAUAGUGUUUUCAUCCGACGUCGGGUUGAUGCUAGAAAAUGACUGCCAGAGAUGAACAAAUAAAUGAAAAAGAUACAGAAUCGGGGUACCUUGAAAACCUACUCAACGACGCAGCUACGAUUCCGAUCGAUGCAGAUGUUGAUGGCUAUACGAUAGAACAACCGCCCUGGUAUGACGCAGCCAAGUUUAAACGCGGCCAACAGUUUGCUCUUUCCAAUCGAGCCGGAAUAGUGACGGCAGCGUUGUGCGGAUUAAUCGCAGUUCUAGCUAUUCCAUCCAUCCUCGAUGUACUGAAUUUUACCAAGAGAUCAUCGACGCCGAGAACGGCCUACAAGCGGUACAUUUUGACAAUUCUCCACACUCUGAAUUGGUACAAAGAAGACAUGAGACCUGGCACUAAAGCUUGGAAAUCGCUGGCGUACGUACGACGAAUCCAUGUGACGAGUGGCAAGCAGGCCCACGCGGCCAAUGCGAAGAUGCUAGUUUCCCAGAAGGACGUAGCCAUUACUCAGUUUGGUUUCGUAGGAUAUGUCGUCCUUGGCUAUCAAAAACUUGGCAUACAGUACGACGAAGAAGGCAUGGAAGGAUUUGUUCAUUUUUGGAGAACCAUUGGUUACAUGCUGGGGUUGGAAGAUCGAUUUAAUCUGUGCACGGCCGACAUGGACUCGUCGAGGCGUAGAUUGGUCCUCGUAAAUGACCAAAUCAUACGACCUUCGCUGCAGUUCCCUAGCGAUGACUUCGUUCGCAUGACCAAUGCUAUGAUCGAUGGACUGUGGUGCUUGAGCACUAUGCUCGACUACCAUGCAUUCAUGUUUCUCACCAGGCGACUUUCGAAUCUACCCGGGCACUACUACUGGGAUACCGAGCCACGGGAUGGCGCUCAGCCGAUUUUUAAAGAAUUUAAUUGGUACAGCCGGGUUAUGUUGUACUUCUUGAUGGUGGUACACGAGGUGCUGUUGAAUAUAACCGUGUUCCGGUGGUACUUCAACUGGCAGUUCAAAUUUAACACUGAAGUUGUCAAUGAGUACUUCCCGUGGCUGGCGAUUAUCAAGUUUGGAGUGAAAGACGCAUAUGUAAGGAUUGUUUAUUGAUGAUAACCAGAUGAGGUUUCUGUGGGGGUUCUUAUUAGAUGCUAAAUGUAUUAUUUUGAUUGUUUUUAAAUUGUUAUUAAUUUUUGUUUGCACUGCA